UAUUUGAUUAAAUUUUUUAUUAGGUAUCUGUCCUGACAGAGAAAUGGGAGAUAUCAUAGUGGCUUCUUUUGGUAAAAGUUCUCAUGUAUUUAAGAAAUAUGCUAGAAUGCUUUACUGGAUGCCAAAAUUGAAGAAUAUCAAUCCAUAUCCAUUGCCUGACCCUUUACCAACUGAUAUCCGUGAGUUGGCAAGAUUAGCUUUGAAGAAAAUGUGUGUUGACAAAAGAACAAAAAUAGAAGAAUAUGAUGCUGCAGAUUUAGAAGAUUCAAAAGAUAAAACAUGGAUUAUGAGUGCUCAGAGUCCUGUUCAACAAAAGCUUAUUGAUGAACAUCCCCAAGAAAAACCAGUGUAUGUAGAAGGACCGUUCUUAGUAUGGCUAAAGAGGAUAUCAAUGACAUAUUUCAUAUUGCGUGCUGAUCCCAAAAAGUACCCGGAUAUUGAAAUAGAUGAUGAUGAUGUGUCGAAUUUAUCUUUAUUUAUGUUUGGUGAACCAAAGCCAACAUAUCUCACUGUUAAACCAUCAUCUGUCCAUGAACAAGAAGAUGGAAUAGUUAUGGGUAUCUGUUGCACUGGGACAUCAAGUAAGGACUCUCUAUUAUCAUGGAUUCGUUUCCUUCGCAAUGCAAAUCCUAAGUUGGACAGCAUUCCUGUGUUAUUUACAAUACGAUCUUCACCUGGCUCUAUUGUUGCUCUCAAUGUUGGUCAAAAACUAAAUGAAGAUUCAGAUGAAGCUGAGUUUAGAAAUGUAAAAAAUGUGUAGCUUUUAAAGAAAAUAAUUUAUUAUUUAUUGUUAUUAUUUAAGUUUCAUUGUCUUUAUUUCAUUGCAACCAAACAUUAUAAAGCAGUUUUUCAUCUCCGGACCCAGCUGUAAGCAUAGGCAACAUAGGCAGCCAUCUAGGGUGCCAACCAAAUUGUUCUCAGCAGCACAAAAUCUAUUUUAACAUCCCCUUGUGAAACUUUAGUUAAUUUAUCUUUCAGAAGAUGUGGUAGAAUUCUUGUCUCAUUGUAAGGGUAAUGGAUAUAGGUUGUCAUUGAAGUUCAAGAUGCAUUAGAUGUUCUUGCAGAAAUAUUUGGAACCUGUGUACAAAAUUAUUAGAACUUGAGUGAAGGAAAUUAAUAUUCUAUUAUGAACAAUUUAGUGAAGCUCCAGUAGACCCAGAAAAGCAGAUUCUGUGAAGUUUCUUUGGCGUGCUUACAAAACAAGACCUUUUUUCAAUGAAGCAGGUCAGCAGCUGCUGCGAUGAGUGUACACAGUUCAUUUCAACAUCAUCUUAAAAAUGGGGUAGUAGAAUAUUGCAAAUAUUUGUAAUUUGCUUUAAUUCAGAUGACACAGGAAAGUACAGUAAGCAUCCAUCGGUCUGAUAUUGAUGCUGAAAAUUUAUCAUAGAAUUGUGCAACUGGCAGGAUCUUAUUUCUGAAAAGGGAAAAAUGGCAAAAGAAUUUCCUUUUUCCAUUCAUAUGUAUCUUUACAAGCUACUUAUCCUAAUGUAUAAGUUAACAUAUGGAUUUUAUGGCAGUUCUUGUAUUACUAGCUGUAAUGUAGAAAUUUUCACCAUGCUGAAAUUGAGAAAGGCUUGCUUGAAGUCAUAUUUAAAUCAAGAAAUAUUGAAUUCUUUUGCAUUUAUGCCUACAGAAAAUUAUAUUCCUGAAAAUUUAGGAUGAUAUCGUUGAUGAGUAUGCCUUAUGAAAAGCACUGUAAUAGAUUGCAAGUGUUAAAAAACUCUGUGGUUUUAAUGAAUUAAGUAAAGAUACCUGAGGCUUUGAAUAGUAACUUAUGUGGAGCAUCAAUUGUAUAAAUCUCAUAGAGCAUCUAGAAUCUACAGCUGGGGCUUUUCUGUUCCAUGAACUAGUAAUCUACACAUUUUUUAUAUAGUAUUAUUUGGUCAUGACUAAGAAUCUAGUACAUACUAUAAUAAAGUUUUCUCAGAUGACAAGUUUUAAAUUCUUUUGACCACAUGGCAAAUUACUGAAGCAGUUUUCAAUCUGUAGAAUAUAUUUUUAAUGAAAUAUUUCAUCUGAAGAAUCCUGCUUUCUGUGCUUAAGAAUCUUACUCUCUAAAAAUCUCACUGUGUAAGAAUUCUAUUAUAUUCUCUUUGAAUGAGAACAAAUAUAAAAGAAUAUGCUUCCAGAAACUUAUUUUGCAAACUUUGCUCAAAUCUGUUAAACAAAACUAUUUUAAUCAUAGUGCUAAUUCAGAAGUCAAACAACAAAAAUCAGCGUUAUAUUGACUAGUUUCGAUGGUUUUACCAAACCAUCAUCUUCAGCUGCAAAACCGCAAAUGAACAAGAU